AGAAGCUCAACAUCCAUUCUUUCAAUCUUCAGACAACUCAGACAAAUCAGACAACUUCCUCUCACCAUACCCGUUAACGUUUUGCUCUAUAGGGCAAUAGUUUACCUCUCUCAAGACGAUACGACUAAAUCAAAUGUGAUCUUAUUACUCAUUCACACUCUUUUCUUCCACGUAGCCACCGUCUUAACGACGAUCGCUGCUUUACGGUCGUUACCUCGCUGAACAGGAAAUUAAAAACGAUUUACUGAGCAUACCGAACAACUAACUAUUAGAACAACACGCAACUCAAUCAAUCGCAAUGUCUCGCAAACCGGUACCAACUACGACAAACCCCGACGCCCACAAUGCUGCGCCCGCCGCCAUGAUCCCAGACGACGUGUGCCCUGUGUGCCGACGGCAGAAGUACUUCAACCCCGACCUCGAAUUCCUCAUAAACCCCGAGUGUUACCACCCAAUGUGCCAGCGGUGUGUGGAACAUAUUUUCGGUAAAGGACCAGCGCAAUGUCCACACCCGGGCUGCAUCAAGACCCUCCGCCAGCGCGGCUUCCACUCCGCCUUUUUUAAGGACCUCAAGGUCGAGCGGGAAGUAGACGUCCGCCGACGCGUACAAGCCGUGUUCAACAUGACCGAAGACGACUUCGUCUCGAUCCGCGAUUACAACGAUUACCUACAACAAGUAGAGGACCUAACCUUCGACCUAGUCCAAGGCGGUGACGCAGACCGUAAGGCCGCGGAAAAGAAACUCCUCGCGUACGAGCAGAAGCACCGCGAGGACAUCGAGAAGAACAAGCGUCGCGGCCGCGAAGCCGAAACCAUCCGCAAACAGCGCUCCGCCGCGGACGCCGAAGCCGCGCGCCAGCGCCGACUAGAAGAACAGCGCGAAGAAGAGCGCGCCCGCGCCGAAGAAGCGAGCAUCAACGCCGAAGUAAUGGAGGCGCUCGCGCGCGGGGAGCCGGGCUCGGCAGCGGAAAUCCAAGCGCGCAUCGUCGCACAGAAACGCGCGCGUGUCGCCGAGAUCGCCGGUUCGCAUUUCUCAUCUCUCAUCAACACCUCCUCCAACCCCACGAAACCGCGCCCUGGCUCGAACUUACUCUCGAUCCGCGGCCUCAAAGACAAGAACGCCCGCGACGAGGACGCGGAGUACUACCUCCGCCCCUACGACCCCUUCGCGGGCUUGGAUCUCCAGCCCUCCCGGUACAAGCUACGCAACGCCGGCGCGGCGUCCGAGUACGCUAACCCGUGGCUUGAUCGCGCGCGCUCCGCGGACGAUCAUAAGGUCCCGGGGUAUAGCACCCAGGAGUAUGUCGCGCGCGCUAUGUUCGAGGCGUUUGCGGGGUUGGGGGUUGUGGUUGGGGAGGAGAAGGCGGAUGCGGCGAGGGCGGUUGGAACGUCGGGCGCGGAGGUCGCGGCUAAGACUGGGAGGACGGGAGGCAUGGAUGUGGAUAAGGGGGUUGGGAGGAUGGAUGUUGAUGAUGUUUUUGUUUGAGAGACGAGCAGGCGGGUUAUGCAUAGUAUACCCAAGCAAUUAACCUCGUAGACGGAAAAGGGACGAGGAAUAGGAACAGGGCACAUUUUCAUUUAUUCGAGUGGCAUUUGCAUGGCGAUGGCGUUGGGGCUUACAUAUGCCAUACCAAGACCUAAGGAUAGGUCUUGGUUCUGUUACAGAUAAAGUCAAAGUCGGAGUUAUGGGGGUACCAUGAAUACAUUGAUGCUCUUGA